AUGUUUUUCAAUAAUAGAGACAAGAGUGUGCUGACAUCUGAGGACCAGUUCCAAGAAGGGACAAGCCUUCUGAAACAUAAAAUGGCUGAUAAAGAAAAUGCCAAUAAAUCUGCAUGGAACAAAAAUAAUCUAAUGAUGGGGAAAAAUUAUAUUCCUUUAAAACCAAAUGAAUUAAGCAAUUCAACUAUAGCUCUUGAUAUACAUAAUUGUGAGGACAAUAAUCAAGAUCUGUCAUUUAUACCAAUUAAAGAUGAUCUUCAAAUUCAACGUAUGUCAUUUAACCAGACAUUUCCUCUUAAAAGCAAUAGUAAAGAAAACCUAAUGCCUGUAGGAAAACCAAAGCAAGAUGUCAAGGUGCUCAAGAAGCCUGUGCUUGGAUUGUAUCGUGGGAAAGUUAUUGAGUCUAAGAUUAAUUCAUUCAGAAAACCCCUGCAAGUCAAAGACGCAAGUUCUGCAGCAAACAAGAAACUGGCAACAACUCUCCCUAAUGCCGCCAAGCCCCCGCCUGUGAACACCAGCAGUGUGACAGUGAGGACUGAUAAGGCCUCGAAGGUGACGACUUCCACGAAGACGGGGAGCACGGCCUCUCAGAACAGACCGCUUCUGCGGCCUCCUAUCAGAAGCCACCACGCUAACACGCAGGACAGGGGGGAGCAAGGCAUCAGUAGAACCUCCGCCAGUGUUACUGUUCGGAAGGGGCCUGGAAGUACAGAAUUAGCUCAGGUGAAACCCCAUCUGUCUAGUGUCAGACCCAGUGCUUCUCAGGACAUGAGAAGAAACCAGGCAUCCUCAAGAAACACAGCAUGUGACAUCCUAGCCAGGCCUGCCUCCUCUUCUAAGCUCAAACUGAUGGAAAAGUCAAAACCCACCGACCAGCGAAGACAUACUAUAGUAGCGAAGACCAGUGCCAAUAGUAAACCAGCUCAGCCCACAGAAACUGCAGAGCAGAGGAGAGCCCUUCUGACUGAGUGCAAAGCCGACAAAGGCAGGGUGCUGAAGAAGCCUCCGAGCUCCGUGGUGACGCAGCCCGAGCCUGAGGGGCAGAAUGGAAAACCAGUGGGGUCCUUCUGGACGACCAUGGCCGAAGAAGACGAGCAAAGACUGUUCACUGAGAAAGUAAACAAGACGUUUUCUGAGUGCCUGAACCUGAUUAGUGAGGUAUCUCGUGAUCGUCUUCUAUCUUUGUAG